CUCGCCACUGCUAGCUUGAUCCCGCCCUCGUCUUCUUUUCCACUGUCUCGUUUUUUCCGUGCUCUGCUCCAAUUCUGCGCAGAGCCAACAAGUUCCCAAACCAAACCAAGCGCGGCCAUGAAUAUCUCAUUCGGCCCGCCCCUUUAUGUUCCAUUGUUUAUAUGUAAAGUGCUUUGGGGUAUCUGUUGGUACACAAAAACAGUGUGA